GGAAUUGGAGGGAGGGGAUUCCGGUAGAUCCUCCCUCGGAGCCCUCUUUAUUCCCCUGCUUUAUUUCGCAGAGACCCAGAGAUUAAGUCCCCAGCUCCCCCCAAAAUUAGUCAGAAUGUCUCAGGAGAAUGACACGUGGAAAAAAGAGAUCCUGUGGGAUGAGCUCGCUGCCAUAAGGCUGCAGAAGCUGGAACAGCAGGACUCCUGGCCCCCACACACCCCUUUCCCGCUCCCGCAGCGGCGGCUAUUUGAGAAGAAGCAGCGGCGGAAACGCCAAGACUUUCUCAUGGUUCAGGCCAACCCUGACGCCUCCCUGCGGUCCUGCCGACCGCGACUGAGGUCGGAGCGCCUCGUGGGGAACAGCGGGGCUGUGUCGGGGAGCCCAGUGAGGAGGCAGAUCUUCGCAGUUUCGGGGCCUCUGCCCUGUCUCCCAGGCCUCCGGAACCCUUUCCUCCGGGAGAAUGUGCCAGAAGCACAUCUGCACGCGGGUACCCACAGCGCCCAGGGCAUCAUGAGCUGUGGUGGCGAUGGCCGCCCCGAGCCCAGCCCCUUGGCAUCCCCGACAGAAGCAGACACGUCCUACCCGGAGUUGGAGGAGGUCUUCGUGGAGGAUGUUCCCGCCUUCCGCCCUCCUUUCAGAGGGCCCCCAAGGAUAAGACGCAUGGGGGGCUGGAUACCCCACCGACGAUAUGGGUCCAGUACAGAGGACGAUAACGAAUCCCAGGAUAGUGAAGAUGAAUGCGAGUGGCCUAGAAGGGAUGAUGAUGGGGGAAGUGGAGACUCGGGCUCCAACAGGGGAGAAGACCUGGACGAAAAGAAAGAGGAAUCGGAGACGACAGUGAGGACUUUCCCAGGGUUUGCUGACGACAUGUCCGAGGCCCUGGAAUGCGAGGGCAGCGUGGGCUUCAGCCAUGCGGGGAGCUCGUCCCUCUCGUCUCUCCUCGCCCCAGGCCCUCGGCUCGGCUUGGACAUGGAAGAAUAUGUGUUGCGGCCAGCGGCGCGCGGCUGCACGAUGCAGUGUUGCAUCAGCCGCGACAAGCGUGGCGUAGACAAGGGCUUGUUCCCUUUCUACUAUCUCUACUUGGAGUCGAUCAAUGGCCACGGCCGGAAGCACUUCCUUCUCGCUGGGCGCAAGAGGAAAAUGAGAACAACCUCUAAUUAUGUCAUUUCCCUGGACCCUACAGACCUGUCUCGGGAUGGGACCAACUUUGUGGGCAAAGUCAGAUCUAAUGUCUUGGGCACCAAAUUCACCAUUUUCGACAGUGGGAUGAAUCCUGAGAAAACGUAUUUCAUCCCAGACAUUGGUCGGAUCAGGGAGGAGCUGGGCGUUGUGUGUUAUGAGACCAACGUCUUGGGAUUCCGAGGGCCCCGGAAAAUGUCUGUGAUCGUUCCAGGAGUGGAUGGCCAGAACAAGAGAAUCAGAGUCCAGCCACAAAAUGAACGGGACUGCCUUAGGAGUCGGAUCCAACGGGGGGCCAACCAGGGGCUGGUCCUCCUGCAAAACAAAGCCCCAUCGUGGAGUUAUGACACUGGCGCCUACGUGCUCAAUUUUCACGGUCGAGUCACUCAGGCCUCGGUCAAGAACUUCCAGAUUGUGUAUCCGGAUAACCCCGACUACUUGGUGCUUCAGUUCGGCCGCGUGGCCCCAGACAUGUUCACCAUGGACUUCUGCUUCCCGCUUUGCCCACUUCAAGCCUUUGCUAUCUGCUUGUCCAGUUUUGAUGGGAAACUGGCGUGUGAGUAAUCCAAUAAAGUAUAACCUCUCCACAGC